UAAAUGGAAAUAUUCAAUACGUUAGAGCAGCAAAAAUGGAGAAGGCCGAGCUUGCUUCCUGGAUUAACCAUCUUCUUACACGAUCAGGUUAUGAUAUAAUGCCAAUUUACAAAAAAUGGUCUACUAAGUCGCCUUCGAUCCAGGGAAUCUGGCAUCCAUUUAUGACCCAUACAGAUUCAGGACGUGCCGUCCUCACUCCUGAGGAAAUAAUUAGUAACCUAGAACAUUUGUCGCGUUGUGAACCACAGUCAGAAACGGCAGAAAGCAAACUUGUGCACAUUUCUGAUGUUCAAAAACAUAGAUUAAAUAGUUGA